AUGCGCGUCGCCGCGUCGCCGCGGUCGAGCCCCAUCAGCUCGCAGGACAGCAAGUCCGUGGCGUCGCAGGACGCGUCGCCGGCCGGGUCGCGCCAGGCCCUCUUCUACGAGAGCGACGACGACGACGACGCGGGCGAGCCCGUCACGUUCCUCGUCAAGGUGCUCCGGUGCCGCGUCAAGGCCGGCUGCGGGGGCGACUUCGCCUUCGACGACGACCACCGCUACGCCGUCGCGCUCGGCGGCGACGGGGACCCGCGGCGGACCGAGUGGGUCGGCGGCCGCGGGAGCGAGGCGCGCUUCGUCGAGGAGUUCGUGUUCCAGCACGACCCCGACGACGCCGCGCCGGUGCUGACGGCGACGCUGCUCCGCAAACGGGCCGCGGGGACGCUCGCGGCCUACUACGACGGCGGCGAGGACCGCGUCGGCGACGCGGACGUCGCGCUCGACGAGCGGUCCGUGCUGCCGCGGACCGCGCCGCGGUUCUGGGUGCCCCUCCGGAGCCCCGCGUCGGCGGCCGGCGCGGCGUUCCUCGGCUGCGGCGGGCCCGGGGCCGCGGACGAGGAGGGGGAGGAGCUGCCGCUCGAGCUCCAGGUCGCCGUCUUCGGCUUCCGGCCGCUCGCGAUGGCGCGCGCGUGCCACGCGUACAAGCGCAUGCGGCGCCUCGAGGCCGAGCUCCUCGAGGUCAAGGCGGACCGCGACGACCUGCUCCGGCGCCUCCUGCCGCCGCCGCCGCCGGAGGGCGCGGA